AUGCGGAGCCGGUGGCAGCGGAGCCACGCACGUCGCAGGAUGGUGGACAGCGUGUACCGGACCCGCUCCCUGGGGGUGGCGGCUGAAGGACUCCCGGACCAGUACGCGGACGGAGAGGCGGCGCGCGUGUGGCAGCUCUACAUCGGGGACACCCGCAGCCGCACCGACGAGUACAAGGCCUGGCUGCUCGGGCUGCUGCGCCAGCAAGGCUGCCAGCGGGUGCUCGAUGUGGCCUGCGGCACUGGGGUGGACUCCAUCAUGCUGGUGGAAGAGGGCUUCAGUGUGACAAGCGUGGAUGCCAGUGACAAGAUGCUGAAGUAUGCGCUUAAAGAGCGCUGGAACCGGCGGCACGAGCCUGCCUUUGACAAAUGGGUCAUUGAAGAAGCCAACUGGAUGACUCUGGACAAAGAUGUGCCCCAGCCACCAGGGGGUGGCUUCGAUGCUGUCAUCUGCCUUGGAAACAGUUUUGCCCACUUGCCAGACUGCAAAGGGGACCAGAGUGAGCACCGGCUGGCCCUGAAGAACAUCGCGAGCAUGGUGAGGUCAGGGGGUGUGCUGAUCAUCGAUCAUCGCAACUACGACCACAUCCUCAGCACAGGCUGCGCACCGCCAGGAAAGAACAUCUACUAUAAGAGUGACCUGACCAAGGACAUCACAACGUCAGUGCUGACGGUGAACAACAAGGCCCACAUGGUGACCCUGGAUUACACGGUGCAGGUGCCAGGGACUGGCCAGAGCGGUUCUCCUGACUUGAGUAAGUUCCGGCUCUCCUACUACCCUCACUGUCUGGCAUCCUUUACGGAGUUGCUUCAAACAGCCUUCGGGGGCAAGUGCCAGCACAGCGUCCUGGGUGACUUCAAGCCUUACAAGACGGGCCAGGCCUACAUUCCCUGCUAUUUCAUCCACGUGCUCAAGAAGACAGACUGA